UCAUAAAGUCUCUUUAGUGCUGAUGAGAAAAACCAUGACUGCCAAGGACAGCAGUUUGGGUUUGCUGCAAGGACAUUAAGAUGCGAGAAUUAGCCAUUCCUGAAACUGAAAGGCGUCUUUCCUUUGCAGUGGGUUUCUCAUGUUUCAGGCAUUGUCAAAAUCACUCCACGUUAGCAAAUGAUAGUCACAUGAAAAAUUGUCACUUUCACGGAACUCGUGGAAGCAGUUACAAUCACAGUCUCACAUUAGUAAUCAAAUUUGGUUUUUGUCUUAUUAACAUGGACUGCUAAGAGGUGCAGACAUGUUUCUGCUAUCCUGCAUGUAGACAGUUCUAGUAGUUGAGCAAUACUGUCUUUGUCAAAAUGACUUACAAUCACAGUUUCAAAGAUUUGUGUGGAUAUGACCAGGAUCAGUUUGUGGAAGAUUAUGUAGCUCAUGGACUGAAACGAUAUUACACACUCCGUCUGAGUGUGCAAAUCCUUGCACCAGUGGGCCUUCUUUUGAAUUUGAUCUUCCUGUUUGUUGUUGUUCGAGUGAAGUCCAUGCGGACUAUCAUCAAUGUCUACCUAGUCAAUCUGGCAGUGGUUGAUACUCUUAAUCUUCUUGUGACAUUUGGACUUUUUUUGGGAAAUAAGAUUUACGAUGGGUCUCACACCAGCUUCAUUGUAAGUGGCAUUUUUGAUGCACUUAGAAUUGUGUCCUAUUUGCUUGUGGUGGCUAUAGCAGUGGAGAGAUUCUCAGCUGUUCAUCAUCCAAUAACAUAUAGAGCAUCAGCCAGCAAAACAAGAGCAGCCAAGGUAUCAGCAGGAAUUUGGGUGCUAGCAGUCGGUGUUGGAAUAGUUGAGGUACUUUCACUUCUGGGACAUUUUGGUCAAGGUGGGGUUGUCCCGCUAACCAUUUUUGUGGUGAUAAUGGGAUCGGUAAGCAUAGUUGUUAUUACAGUGACCAGCACUAUGUAUGUCUGCCUUGUGUUGAAGCUAAGGCAGAGAUCACCUUCUACGCAGCACUGGAGAAUUGGUAAGGUUACGUCUAUGCUCAUCAUCAACACCACAGUUUUUUUCUUCUCGAAUUCACUGAUAAUCGCCGCCGUAAUUCUGAGGGUAAUUAUUCAUUUGUCACAUGUGUGCAUGGCUUCAUAUCCUCAACUCCAGCAUGAUUUAGUUGAUGUUGGCAAGUAUGGAAGAAUCUUGGAAUUUAUCAACAACUGCAUAGAUCCCAUCAUUUACAGUGCGACAAGUGCCGAGUUUCGAUCAGCUGUGAUCCAGGCAGUGACCUGCCCUUGCUGUGACCAGCGAGGUGCCCACCAAGAACCAGCACCAAAAGAUCAGAUGCGAGUACAGGCUGCAGAGCUUCUGUCACAAGGAGCUCCUCAUUGCAAGGCAAUGGCAAAAACAAAUCCCUCUCAACCACCAUCUGAGGGGGAGCUUCUGGAACUAAAGGUGAUCUCCUGAAUAGAGACAAAGUGCAGCAAGAUUGGCCAUCAGUAACAGAAAUACUGCCAGUGUGAAAGGAACUUGGUCCAAAUGCGCCAUCAUCCAAUCAAGACUUGCUUGCUUUGGUCACAUGGAUGUGGGGAAGUGAAGAUUAGAAUGCCUGGCAUGAGGACAUGGUGCACACAACAUGUUGGUGGAUUGGAACCUUGGACACCCAGAUUAGUCUCAGACUUUGCCGCUGUGCUACGGGUACAUACCUCCCUUUGCCAUUGGUGGAGACAUCUGAACAGAGGAACUCUAGACUGAACUACGAACUACUGAUGCUUUGACUAACUUAAGGUUGUUAUGACUUCCCUUUGUAAACUUGCUUUAUUAUAGUGUGUGAGGCAGAAGUACAGUUUUCGAGUUAUAUCUUUAUCUUCUUCUAAUGCACAUGUAAGAGAAUUGCCGGAGUCAUUGGGUUAUAACAGUCAGAAGGUGCUUUCAUGAACGUCAUUUCAACCAAAACUAGAAAUUUGCCAGAAUCGUUCUCAAGCAUUUAAAUCUUACUGAAACUCUGCUGGAACAAUACGUGUACUUCAGUUUUUAAGCCAGUGAUGAGUCACGUUUUGGUAGAAAACAAAAUGGUAUUAACCAGAGUUCUUCUAUCGCAAAAGAAUUUGCUGAGAUCUUGGAAAAAACUCCUUUAGUGUUUUGGAAAUGUGUGUACAAGCAUCAAAAUUAAAUCUUGUAGAUUCCAAGCAUAAUGCACAAUUUUUGGUACUGGUAGGUUGACGUGUUUAAUUUAACAUUGAAACUACAUGUAAGUUCGGUCAGUAGAAAAAUUUGUCGGCUAGUUUAAGUUGGCAUCCUGCUUCAUGUGGAAUCUUGAGGCAAAUGUUUCUUUGCAGUAGUUGAAGCGAGUUUCGUACCAGUAAUUUUUCAAUGUGAAAAUUGUCUUUGGGAUAAACAGGCAGAUAAAUGUUCAGAAAUCUAUAGGUACAUGCAUGUAGUUAAGUUAAUCAAAUCCACAUUGUAGUUUUGAGAGAAUUUUCCUGUGGUCAAAUAAUGUGAUGCAAUUUGUAUGGAACUGCAUGGUGAAACUAUUCUUGGAUAGCUUUCACACAAAAUAAUAGCCAGUGCAGUUGUUUUUUCUGAACUGCACAGUGCAUAACGUUGGCAGAAGAUUGUUUAAUACCCUUCUACAUUUGAAUUGUUGAUGUUCAGAGAAAAUCUGACACAAUCAUAUUCAAGCAUAUUGUCAUAUUUAAGGCUUAAAGGGAAAUCCUACAACUUUAGGGCCUGUAAUUUGUGUUUUGGCUGGAAAUAGAAUGGAAUUAACAAGUUUUGUCUUGCUACAUACCAGGUAAUAUAUGUGUAUUGUUUUUGCAGAAUGCCCUGUACUGUUUGUAUGCACACAAAGCAUUAGGAACUAGAAUUAGCUGCACAGUUUUGUGAAUUCCAAUCAUAAUUGUACAUGUAGAAGAACAAGCCUUUGAUAGGUUGGUGUGUAUAAAUGCUGCAGUAAACCUGUUUGGCUGAAGUAAUCCUUGCAAAUUGUCAGAAAUAAGAAGGUCAUGGUUGUAAGUUUUCUUUGGGAUGAACAAGCAGAAAAAUGCACCAAAGUCUUUUAUACAUGUAGCUUUAGUGAAGGCGUUCGUCAUGAGCCACUGAUAGAUUACACACAGCUUCUGUCUUCCGUCUAGCUGACCCCGCUGAGACUUAUCGCUAAUGUCUUGGGAUGGCUUCUGAGAUUCAAGUCAGUUGAACGCGAUUAAAGGAGAGACUCCUUUAUUGGAAAAAUGUGUAGUACAUGAUUCACGUCUGGGUAUGUGAAUCAUUGGUCAUUUAAAAGAUUGACAAAAUAUGGAACUAGACUUCUCUUGAAGCGCAGUGUAGUAACGGGAAAAGAAGAAAUUUUGUUUGCAUUACGUAAUGAAUUUCCAUGGCAUUCUGAGCAUUUAGGAAGAAACUGAUCCAUUGUUCUCCUGUCCUGAAAAAGCUCAGCAGCAAAUUUGAUACAAUGGCCAGCCCCUCUAUCUUCCAACAAAUCAACUAGACCUUGAGAGCAUUGUUAUAAGUGGUAUAUUUUUACCCAAUAUUAUCAUGCAAGCCCUUUUCUGAACCAUUUCCAAGUCUUUUACAUGUUUACAAGUAAGUCUAGAAUGGACUAGAAUGCCAGACAAUGUCACAGUACUCCAACACUGAGA